AUGGCAGCACCCGAGCUCACGAGUACGCGUCUCUAUGUCCAGAACCUCCCGUCCUACGUGGACUCUGCGCGUCUGCGUGAUCACUUUUCCGCUCAGGGAGACGUGACCGAUGCCUGUGUGAUCCGCACCAAGGACGGCAGCAAGUCUCGACGUUUCGGGUUCGUGGGCUUCAAGAGCGACAAAAUGGCGGAGCAGGCGCGCAAGUUUUUCCAUCAGAGCUUCUUUGAUACGUGCAAGAUCAACGUCUCGGUGGCGCUGUCGCGGGAAUCGGAAGAGAUGGAUCGGCCCUGGAGCAAAUACUCGACUGGGAGUGGUCGGUACCAUCAGCUCCAUCCAGAUUCGGGAGUUGUCGCAACUUCUUGUGAAGUGAAUGAGCCUCUUUCUGACAAGAAGGAGAAGAAGACUGGAAAGAAGGGGGAAGCAAGUGGAGAGUUUCAGGAGUUUAUGGAAACGAUGCAGGCUCGAUCGAAGACCAAGUUCUGGGCCAAUGAUGACGUCCAAGGACCAGUGAAUGAGAAGACAGGAUCAAAAGGUGUGAACUUGGCUGAGGCGGAAGACAGUGAUGAUGAGUAUCAGGAUCUUGAACAAAUGAAACCCGGUGAGGGCGGAAAAGACAAGGAUUGUUUUGAGGAGGAGAACGAGACUGAUACAGGCUUGUCGGAUAUGGACUUCUUGCGGUCGAAGGUGAGCAACAACAUUGAUAAGGACGACGCUAUUGCAGACGGUGACGAAAAAAGGAUAGACGGACGAGGCAAAAGAAGUGGCGAUAAGACUUUGAAUGACGGUGAAAGCGCGGUGUGUGGUGAUGCGGAAGGCGGAACUGAAGAUGAUAGUAAGCCUAGUGCCCGUUUGUUUGUACGAAACCUGUCUUUUACGGCGGUAGAAGAGGACCUGGAGGCGUUGUGUACAGCAUAUGGUCCGGUAGAAGAAGUACAUAUGCCACUAGAUGAGACACGUCGGCGCAAGGGCUACGGCUUCGUUCGUUUCCGCACGACAUUUGACGCUCAAACUGCACGCACAGCUAUGAAUGGUCUGGCGUUCCAGGGUCGCCGCCUGCACGUCAUCUCCGCGCGCUCGAAGCCCGUCAAGCUUGAUCCCGAGGUGGCUCUUGCUGACCCGAACUUGACGUACAAGCAACGAAAGGAGUUGGAGCGCCAGAUUCAAUCUCAAAAGAAGACGGGCUGGAACGCGUCUUACAUCCGGGGAGAUGCGGCUGUUGGCUCGCUGGCUGAGCGCAUGGGCGUGAAGCGUGGUGAAAUUAUGGAUAAAGAGCAGGGCAACAUGGCCGUGCGUUUAGCUAUCGGCGAGACCAUGUUGGUGAAAGAGAACAAAGACUUCUUUGCACGAGAAGGGCUGGACUUGAAUGCUAUUGAAGGUGCACUUGUAAAGAAGCCAAGCCAGCAGCAGUCCGCGAAAAUUGAGCGGAGCGCAACUGUCAUUCUGAUCAAAAAUCUGCCUCAUACCGCUGAGGAAGAAGAAUUGGCACAGCUUUUCCGAAAGCACGGGGAGAUCAGUCGCUUCCUUCUGCCGCCAUCAAAGACGCUAGCUGUUGUCGAGUUUCUGGAGCCCUCGGAAGCACGAAAGGCCUUUCGUUCACUCGCCUACAAGAAGUACCAGCACGUGCCACUUUACUUGGAGUGGGCUCCGGUGAAAGUGUUUGAUCGCUCUGCUGCUAUUUCUUCGAGUACCCAAACCUCUGGAUCCGAAUCGAAAGGUAUCAAAACUACGUCAGCUGUUGUGCCAGACAUCGAAGAGGACAGUGAUACCGCUGUGGGCGAUGCAUGUCAUACUGUUUGUGUGAAAAACUUGAACUUCGUAACACAGGAGGCCGCUUUGGAAAAGGUUUUCGCGCGCUGUGGUAAGUUGCGCAAGGUCACCGUCGCUCGCCGGAAAGACCCGAAGCGUGGCAUGCUGUCGAUGGGUUUCGGAUUCGUGGAGUACGUCGAUGCCAAGCACACGGAGCGCGCGCUGCAAACACUGCAGAACACUGUGGUCGAUGGCCAUGCGCUGAAUUUGAAGCUUUCUCAGAAAAAGGCAUCGACUGCUCCAAAGCCUGGUGCUGGGGAAGGUGAGGCUGAAGGUCGCAAAUCAAAGAUCAUUGUCCGCAACGUCGCGUUUGAGGCAACGAGCAACGAAAUCCGUGAGCUCUUUGGUGCGUUUGGACAGCUAAAACGUGUACGGAUGCCAAAGAAGUUUGACGGCAGGCAUCGUGGAUUUGCGUUCGUGGAAUUCCUCACCGAGCAGGAGGCCCGGAAUGCUUUUUCGGCCCUUGCCAGCUCACACUUGUACGGUCGGCAUCUUGUUCUCGAGUGGGCGGAAGAUGCAGACGAUAUGGACACUUUGCGUGCCAAGGCCACCAGGGACUUGACAGCUAUCAACGACAGUGAUCGCCGUAAGCGCGUGAAGCGACCGAAAGAGGAUGAGGAUGACAUGGAUUUCUGA